AUGGAUCUGGGCACCUUGGUCGAUUGCCAGCCUGUUGUGGGCUCCGUGCCUGCAUUUGCUGCACCGCUAUUGUUUCCUAUCCAGCAGACAUCUAUUCAGAAAGAGCUGACCGAGCUGCUCAUCAAAUUGCACCGGCCCUACUUGGAGAAGCUAUUCACGGGACAGGUAAAGGACGAGAUGGAUUCUGACACUUUGAGCAGCUCGGCCAUGCUUGAGCUCUUUCUAGCAAACCUCAGGCAAAUAGCGAACCAUUCUAGUCUGCUUGUGGACCAUUUUAUGUCCAGAAACAUGGUGCUAAUGAAUCCCAAACACAACCUUAAACGGUCCUCUGCGAAAUACGUUUGCAUCGACGACUUUCUGAGCCGGCUUGCCGUGCAAAAACAGCCACGCACGGUGAUUUUAACGGCCGCAAGCUCGCGCGAGCUAGACCUGAUCGAGGGAAUCUUGAUUGGCAAGCGGGAUCUCCAGUACUACAGGUUCAGUGGCUCCUCGCUCUACUACGACAACCACGGCUCGUUCGACUUCAACAAGCAGGAAUUGAGCAACCCGGCCAUGCCGUCACCGCAGGCAGCAGCUGCUAAUGGCAAGAACAACGGCACAGACGACUACACGCCGCGGAUCUCGAAAAACAGUCCGCUGCACCAUAAAAUCGAGCAGCAGAAAAACCGGGUCGUGAGCGUGUACUUGAUUUUAUCGAACCAAUUGCAGAGUCUGGCACGUUUCGAGGAGCUGCGCAGCGACUUGGUGAUCUCGCUGGACGCGAAGCUGGACCAGAGUCUCGCAAUUCCCGUUAUCAAGCCAAUAUAUCUGAACGGCAUCGAAUACUUCGAUCUUGUGCUGGACAGAGCAAUUUCGGGAGAAGAACGAGAUAAACAGCUCGCCAAGCUGGUGCUGGUGAACAGGAAUGCCGCUACAGAAAGUCCAGAAUUGCAAGACGUUGUCAGUUGGCUCGAUGGCCAGGGCAGGUACCCGUACACGGAGAGCAAAGAAAUAGAGACAGUGAGCGACAACGACGCUUUGGAAGCACUGGCGAGCCUGGAACUUGAGACACCGUACCAUCUGGACCGCUAUGAAUUUUUCAACCCGUCGCUGGCUCCAAAGGACGAUCCCAAGAAAAUCAAGCUCGAGGAGUCUCCGUUGGUGAGCCUGACGUACCACGAGUACCAGCUAAGGCUUGGCCGGUUGAUCUAUGACCGCUACCAGGAACUGGUUUACACGGUCGACACGCAGCGUAGACACCUUGCCGGUAUUCACGAGGACGACUCACAGCGCCAGGCCCAGCUGGAGGCCGUUGUGGAGGCCACGGGAGACCGGUUUAGAAAACUGCAGACAACCAAGACCGCGGCGGAAAGUUUGGCCAAGCAGGUUGAAAAGUGCGAAAAAGACUUGCGCACCGUUGAGGAGACAGACAGAAGACUUAAGGAGCGCAUGGAAGAGUACACCAACCGUGCACGGAACGGAGCUACAGAAACAGCGCUGCUUGAGCAGCAGAAUGCAAUCAGCGCCUUAGAAGACGAGUUGAAACGGCUGGAAGCCGAGUAUCAGAAAGCAAUGGCGGAAAAUGAGUCUGUCCGUGCAGAGUACCAGCAGAAAUCGUCUGCUGCUGCGGAAAUGUCGUCAAUGCUGAUGGAGACAAAAAAGAAGCUCGAAGCGGUGCAGAUAGAGAGCAAGGGCGAUUUCCGCAAGCUGCAGCAGACAAAACUCGACAGAGAAACAGAAAUGUACAAAAAACGCACAGAGUCGCUCGUCAGUCAAAACAAGUUUCUGGAAAAAUAUAUCAAAAUUCUCGAUAACGUUGCCAAAGAAAAAGCAACCGUCGGCCGCAUCCGUGCAAGCCGCAGCACAACCCCAUACCAAUAA